AUGCCUGAUUGGCUGCUGCUGGUGCUGCUGGUGCUGCCUCAGCUGUCUCUGCUGCUGCUGCUGCUGCUGCUGCCGCUGCUGCUGCUGCUGCUGCUGCUGCUGCUGCUGCUGCUGCUGCUGCUGCUGCGGCUGCUGCUGCUCCUGCUGGUGGUGGUACUGGUGCCGCUGCCGCUGCUGCUGGUGCUGGUGCUCGUGCAGCUGCUGCUGGUGCUGGUGCUGCCGGCCAUGGCUGUGCUGCUGCCACUGCUGCUGGUGGCUCACCGCCUGAUGCGGCUGCCGAAGCUGCUUGUCCCGCUGCACCCUCGGGUGCACCCCCCAGGGCAGCUGCUGGUUGGGGGCGCGUGUGUCUUUUGCCGCCACGCGGGGCUGCGAUGA